CUCUUGCACUUCUGGCUGUUUCUGAGCAUCUACCUGUCUGUUGUCCUGGGAAACAGCCUCAUCAUCACUGCCAUAGCCUGCGACCACCACCUCCACACCCCCGUGUACUUCUUCCUCCUCAACCUUUCUACUCUCGAACUGAGUCUUCUCACUGUCAUGGCUUAUGAUUGCUACGUUGCCAUCUGCAAACCCCUGCACUACAGGACCCUUUUGGGCAACAGAGCUUGUGCCCACAUGUUCUUCAGGGCUGUGCUGAGGAUCCCCUCUGAGCAGGGACAGCACAAAGCCUUUUCCACGUGCCUCCCUCACCUGGUCAUGGUCUCUCUGUUUGUCACCACUGGCACGUUUGCCUACCUGAAGCCUCUCUCCACCUCCUCCCCAUCCCUGAAUCUGGUGGUGACAAUUCUAUACUCAGUUCUACCCCCAGCAGUGAACCCUCUCGUCUAUAGCAUCAGGAAUCAGGAGCUCAAGGAUGCCCUGAGAAAA